CGGCGCUCAUGACGCUACCGCCGCCGCCAGGUGCCAGCGCCGAGAAAGGGUUUCGAUGCCCGCCAUUGCAUCCAGUCAAGGAGCGCGCGUUGGUACAACGGGGCCUGACUGCGCUUGAAGAUGCGGUCGUGAUGACGCAAAUCGAUGGCGGCGGACCAGUCGUUUGGACCGUCCAUUCCCGCACCAAGGACGUGACGGUCUAUGCGGACCGCGACAUGCAUCAAUUUCACUCGAUGUUCUUGGCGACCACCCAAGUCCACGGCACGCUGAACGAGGUUGCCGACUUAUUUCGUCCCUACGACCGCGUAGCUGAUACGACCUGCACGGACACUGACGACGUUGUCGACAGCGCCGCCCUGUACGAUUUGGCCCUGCCGACGCCAAGCCAUCCUCGCAACUACGUCGGCGUCAAGUGGCAGGCGUUGGCGCCGCAUGUUCCGAUGGUGCGCAAGCGCGAUGCUUGCGUUGUCGAGGUCCAUGACGACUUUGAAAUCAAAGGAGUCAAAGGGUGGGCUCGCGCGUCGACGUCCGUCGAGGUCGAAGCAUGUCCAAACCUCGAACAAAGUCGCGGUUUUGUUCGCAUGCACAUCCACCACUUUGCCCACGUCUUUCAUGAGUCGCUGGCCCAGCCUGGCUACGUCCACGCGGCGCUUCUUUUCCAAGGCGACUUUGGUGGCCGCUUGCCGCGUUGGGUCUGUGAUUCCCUAAGUCUAAAGCGCAUACGAUCCCUUGCCACACUCGACGACCAACUGCAGCGCCAGCGGCUGAGCCAGUCGCACUUUUUGCUGCCCCACCAACUCGAACCACUCAGCCUCGUUCACAUGUGCAUGUUGUGCUCGCGGCGGUUUGGCCGGCUGUCGAAGAAAGUCCACUGCCUUCGGUGCGGGCACGUUGUGUGCCGGCGGUGCCAGCAAGCAUGGCAGCUCGGUCGCGAUCGGCGCUGCCAAGUGCACAUAUGCCAUGCCUGUUCAUUGGACCCAACGAUGACGUCGAGUGUUGCAGGGUCGAUCGAUGGCGGUCGGGGCGCGUUCGCGCUGUCGACGACGACGUUCCCCGCCUUCCUCAUUCGACACAGCACCGGCACGACAAGCAGUGUCCACGAUAGCAGCGUCGUCGACAACCUUUCGUCCACGGAAUCGAUUCACACGGUCAAGCUGCUGGAGAGCCCCCUUCACCACCUCCUCGCUACAUUCCCCUUUCAUGACGACCGCCCGUACAACCCCCCGACCUUGAGGCCGUCAAAGGGCGACUACGUGCCAGUGGUGCUCUAUGAUGGCUGACGUUAACAUGGCGGAAGGAGAAUCUUGUUAUCUCUCGUGAUCGCGGCAAAUAGAGACUAUUUAACGCGUUUAAACGUGGUGUCACACGGCGCC